CUAAAUUCGGAUUGGCAACACUGGUAAUAAAUUUGUUUCUUUGAGAGCGAAGGACUCGAAUCCAGCUCUCAAUAAAUAAAUAAAAAUUGUUUCUUUGAUUUGUUUCAUGUUAAGUUGUGAUAUCAUUUCGGUGAAUAUCUAUUGCUCUGCUUUUGUAUUUGCUUAAAGUUAUUGUGUUUAUUAUGGCUGAUUCUACAAUGAACGAUAUAAGUAAAAUGAAGGUAGUGGAUUUACGAAAAGAGCUGAAAUCACGUGGUUUAUCUUACGCUGGGGAUAAAGCAGAACUUGUAGCAAGGUUGCAAGGGGCUAUAUCUCAGGAUGAUCAUGGUGAUAUUAAUUUGGACUCCGAUGAAAUAGACUCCGAUGGGGUGUUAGAAGAUGAAGACGAUAAAAGUCAAAAUGACAUUCUUGAUGAUACCGCGGUUGAUACGCUAAACGAGGAACUUGCACUUGAAGAAAGUUCACCCGAAAAACAGUCCGUUGAUCCUAAGCCACAUAGGAUCCUCAAAAGAAAAAUGACAAGUGAAACACCUAAACCAGCAGAAAAUAAAGAAGCCGGUGCUAAGAAAAUUAUUUUGAAUAGGACAUCAAUAUCUGUAAGUAACAACACGACAAACGCUUCAAAACCAGCAGAAGAAGAAAAAAAAGAUACAGAAUCAGCAAGUAACACCACGUCAGACAGAACAGUUACUGGAAAAAUAAAAAUAACUGCUGAUACAGAUCCUAAGACAAGGCUGGAAAUGCGUGCGAAAAGAUUUGGUUUACCCGUUAAGAUGACCGAUGAACAAAGAAAGGAAGCUAGAAAACAAAGAUUCAACCAAAAUUCUGUUUCAACUAAUGACUCAUCCAUUAAUGUGUCUAACACUGGAUCAUUAGCAGAUAACCUGGAGAAACUCAAAAAACGGGCUCAAAGGUUCGGUCAAUCCGUAUCGGCAAUCAUGACCGACAUUGAAAAUAAAGAGAAAUUGGAGAAACGAAAAGCCAAAUUUGGAACAGUCAAAACAUAAUCAUACAAUUUUUUGGGAAAAUACUGAUAUUUUGUGCAUAUUGCACUUGUAUGUAAAGCAUUUAAGGAUUCUUUUAUUACUAAUACUAAGGUUAAUGUAAGAGUAAUGCUAAAUAAGUAUAAUUUAAGGGAUUAUUCAAAAAAAAAAAAUUUUUUUUUUUCUUAGUUUUAUUAAAAAAUUGUUUUGUGUUAUCACAAUGAUUUUUGUAAAUUUCAUAAUGGUAUUCCUUACGACUCAAGAAGUGGAUGAACCAUUAGUUGACUCAAUGAGAUUUUUCUCAACAUUAAUAAAAGGUUUUAAGUUAAUGUUUAUUUAAGGUUUUAAGGUAAUAAUCAAAACUGUUUUAAUAGCUGAUGUAACAUAGAUUGCUGUUAAUGAAAUAAAUAAAAAAAGACAAUAAAA